UGGCAGCUUUCGACUGGGCUCAGUCGUCACAAGUGUACCGAUGCAGUGGAGUGGCGUAUGCAGCCAAGCGGUCCUCCUCCUCCUCCGUCUUUUGUUACAAGCAGCACCCGGCAAAGGGACGCCACAAGACACAGCCGCAUUCAUGCAAUUCGCACACUGGCGUGGAAAAUGAUCAUCUGUACAAAUACAAUGGAGUACCCGCUCAGAAGCCAGUGCCAAAGAGUCCAGAAACAGGUAAUGGUGAACAAGGAGAAGGAAUGCGUGUCUCUGUUGUUGAUGAAUGCUGCUUUGGGCCGGGGGAACGCGGACGCCGUCACGCAGCAGAUGGCCUCGCACCCGCAGUACUUGGAGAGCUUCCUGCGAGCGCAGCACUACAUCCUGCACAUGGACGGACCCCUGCCGCUCCCCUGCCGCCAUUACAUCGCCAUCAUGGCGGCAGCGCGCCACCACUGCAACUAUCUGGUGUACCUGCACUCGGCCCAGUUCCUGAGGCUGGGCGGGGACCCCGUGUGGCUGCAGGGCUUAGAGGCGGCGCCCCCGCGCCUGCGCCUGCUCGACCACAUCAACAAGGUGCUCGCUCACCAGCCCUGGCUCGCCGCCUGCUCGCACAUCAAGACGCUGCUGAAGUGCGGCGAGCAGUGCUGGUCUCUGGCCGAGCUGGUCCAGGCCGUGGUGAUUCUGGCCCACUGCCACUCGCUCUGCAGUUUCGUGUUCGGCUCCAACGCCGACUCUGUGCACAUGGCGCCCCAGAACAAAUCUCCCAACGGUACCCCGCCGGCAUUCUGCACCUUUGAUGCUGCUAACGGCAACCCCAACGGGCCUCAGUCAUUCGACAACAGCGCCGAGCAAAUCACACAAAGACGGUCUGUGGACUCGAGCAGUGACGUGUUGUGUCUGAAGGAGAGGAUCCACCGGUCCCAGGAGGAGCGAGAUAAGCGAGAAGAGCGUCUGCUGCACUCUCAGAACCUCCAGCAAGCCGAUGUUGACGAAGAAGAUGAGCUGAUCUACUUUGCGGACCCUUCGCGCUUUGUCACGGACCCCGACUUUUAUUACCAGGAGUUCGCCCGUAGAGACGAGGACCACUUCCAAGUAUUUCGAGUUCAGGACUACUCGUGGGAGGACCACGGCUUCUCCUUAGUCAACCGCUUGUACUCUGACAUCGGCCACCUCCUGGACGACCGCUUUCGAAGCGUCACGGCCCUCUCGUCUCUGCACUGCCCCGACCUGAAGAGGGCCGUCUGGAACUACAUCCACUGCAUCCUGGGAAUACGUUACGACGAUUACGACUACGGGGAAGUGAACCAGCUCCUGGAGCGAGAUUUGAAGCUCUACAUUAAGGCGGUGGCGUGUUUUCCCGACCCCAGCAGAGCGCCAACAUGUCCGCUCAGCUGGGCUCCACUUAAAACUUCAGAGCGGAUCCACGUCAACUUGCUCAUCAUGGAGGCCCGCCUGCAAGCGGAGCUCCUUUACGCCCUGAGAGCCAUCACACAGUACAUGAUCGCCUGAGAGAGCCCCCCCCCCCCCCGAAUUUCCCGCCCCUUCUCCACCGAGGUACACGAGAGACGUCCACCGACGCCGUGACGACUUUACUGCGACAAUUAUCAAGAGCGCAGACCUGCUCUUUUUCCAGAUGUAUUCAAACCAGAGCGUGCCACACCCACUCCUCAUGCCCCCCACCUCGUUGUGUCCCGACUAGAUUUAUGACACUACUCUGAAAAAUUUCGGGCUGUUUGGCUUUGGGGUGAAAUUUGACGAUGAGUCUAAAAUGCACUUUUAACCUUUUACGGGUGAACACUGUCAACUUAUGAGCGUCCGACCGUUGAACGCUUCGGUACGUCUUGCGCAACUUGCUGUCGCCUCCUCCGCUUAUGUGGAGCUCAACGAUGUGUCACAAAAGCCACUCAUAAAGAUGAAAAAAAUUGUAAGAUGUGCAAUGAUAAUCUCAUCACAGCACACCACACACACACACACAAUAGUUUCAUUUUUCCUCAGAGCACUUCUUGAUUGGCUACAUUGUAUGUAUCACAAUUAGCUGUCCUGCUAACUCGGCAGUUGUCGGCUUUCCCCACACACACACACACACACACAAUGAUUUAUUUUCUGAAAUAACUUACACAAUUAAUAUUUAAAGGGGAAUUCCGGUGGUUUGCGUUAAUGUAUCCAAUAGGUCAUGUAAUAUGCACUCCGUCUUGAUAAUGUGAUGUUAAAUCCUCUCUCAUUUAAUAGUAUUUUGAGAAGAUUAGAAAUUACGAAUUUUCAGGGGCACCGUCAUUUUCGCGAGUCACGUGACUUACGUGCGCGGAUUUGACUUGUUACAUGGGGUUCCAAAUGCUCGAGUGCAUGGGACAUCAUUUAUGCCCAAUGCCGAUUUCUCGGAUUUAUCCUCAUCUGAUGAAGAAAUAGCAGUAUCGGUUGAUCGGGAAGACGGAGGAAUACUUCUAUAAACAGCCGUGAGCGGCAGAGCCAUGAGCUCGCUCCCCGAGCCCUGAAGCUUGCUCGCAUGGCUCGGGGAGCGAGCUCACGGCUCCCCCAAGCCCCCGGAGCGUGUUCGCACGGCUCAGGUAGCAAGCUCACGGCUCAUCCGAGCCCCAGAGCUAGCUCGCAUGGCUCGCGGAGCGAGUUCACGGCUCCCGCCAGCCCCGGAUCUGUGGCGCUCAUGGCUGGGUAUGGAAGUAUUCCUCCGUCUUCCCGAGCAACCGAUUCGGAUAUUUCUUCAUCAGAUGAGGAUAAAUCCGAGAAAUCGGCGCUGGGCAUGAAUGGUGUCCCGUGUAAACGAGCCUUUGGAACCCCACGUAACAUGUCACAUCCGUGCACGUAGGUCAUGUGAUUCGCCAAAAUGGCAGUGCCCCUGAAAAUUCGGAAUUGUUGAUAAAAAUCUCAAAACACUAUUAAAUGGGAGAGUAUUUAACGUCACAUUGUCAAAAUAGGGUACAUCCUACAUGACCUAUUUGAUACAUUGUUAAUGCAAACCAGCAGAAUUAAUUCCCCUUUAAGAUGGGUGACCCCAGCCUUUAUUUGGACAAAUUUACUUUUAACGCACCUCAUUCAAUAAAACGUCGGAUUGGGCAUUUUGGAGAAGACCUCGGAAUUUUGCCUCGUGACAGCUCGUUGAAAAUUGUCAGCCAAUCAGAGACUGGACACAAAAUGUCACAUUGCUGACGGAAUCGCUUCAUUUGCGUGAUUCAUCGUUGCAGAGAGACUGCAAGAAAGCCACAGAAAAGGCGUCAAAUUCUGACGGUUUUUGUACUGAAACUUUUGAGCGGUUGCAUCAUUUCAAACGUUUACAGAAGGUCAAAUGAAGUUCACUUGGGAAGGUUUUUGGGCAUUUUAGGCUCAUCCUGAACUUUUUGUGCGUAGUAUACUGUAUGUCAUGAAUGCUCGCUUUAUAUGUGUAGCCCCCCCCCCACCUACCCCCACCACCCAAAAAAAGUGGACAAGUUGAAUGUUCUCCAAGGACAAUCCUCAUUCAGUGUUGUUUGACGGACCCUUUUGGAUCUCCUGAGCUCUUUGUACAGUAGUUUCUUUUUAAAUAAGCACUUUUGGAGAGGAAAAAAAAAUAAUAAUAAAUAAACCAAACUUUAUAUAUAUUUAUAAGAGGAAGCCCGUGGGGGAAAAACGGAGACGCGACGCUGGACAUUUUUUUUUCUCUUCUCGCCCCUGUCGGGGGGGCCUGUUAAUCGAAGACCCGCUGAGACGUUAGUUGUGACUGACUGAAAACGCAAAAAAAAAAAAGGAAUAGUAAGCUUGUCUGUGAGCGCUUUGUGGUACACACAAAAAAAUGAAGAA